AUGCAUUCCAGGACUACUCAACUAAUGUUGACUGCUGUUGUUGCCGCAUAUUGUAUUGUUCAAGUCACUUCUGAAUGUUGUAAAGUAAAAAGUGUGUUAGGCGCUGAAAAGUUGGGUAAUAACGCAUUUUGUAACGUAGCCGUAACUCAUCCUCGAAAAUUAUUAGAAGCGGGCAUGUGUGGCGAUGGUAGUGUGGUGAACGGUCAUUAUUGUGGCGUCGGAUCUUGCAACGUAUUUGGAUGCAAUUGCGACGGCGGGUGUCUGGGCGAAGAGCAUGCUAAAAUUAUAGAAAAUUGCACACAAAUUAUAGCGAUCAAACAAAACAUUAUUGACAAUAUUAAAUAUUGUACCAAUAAAACAACCACACAUCCACCACCAAAUUUUAUGCCACAGGAGCAUUAUACAAACGAUUGUCCCGAUACUUGUGAUUACGCUCGAUAUCGGUAUCAUGCACAAGUUGACCAGUGCAAUGAUGUAAGAAAACUUACCCUUCCUUUCUUAGUAUUACCACCUGGGACAGUUAUAGGAAUGGCGUAUAAUGGUUAUUGCGAAUUAUUAAAAUACGUAGAAAAAAGUAAAAUGAUUAAAGCUUGUGGUGUGUAA